UUCUGUUUACUUCUUAGGACACGCUUUUUCUCACCUUUUGGCGGCAAAGUACCGAGAGCAGUGUGUUCCGGCUAAUCGUGGACAUCAUUCCGUUCCACGGUUCAGUGAUGAGCAGCAGUUGCAGUGUAGUAAUUAUACGAUAAUGUCAUCCUUGUUCGGGUUGGAUAGGAGGUGAUACAUGAGCUGUCUGGAGUUUGGAUGUUUGGAUCAUUAUGCAAAACGUGCUGACGGCGAUUGAUUGCGGUUGAUUAUUUGUCGAUUUGAAGUGAUCUACCUGCGGUGGAUUAAGUGUUGUGCGUGUGGGAAGAUUUUUGCGUGGUUGCCAAACGAGACCUAUGGAAAGUGAAGUUCUGUGAGCGUUAAGAAAUUAUAGCUUUAUUACCACUGUGUGUGCGUAUUACACUCAAACAAUCAAUUGUAGUGCUUCAUCAAUCGAACCUGUGGGCGGGUUUGUGUGAAGAGGGCAAACAAUAUAGCAAUGAAUAGUAAUUCCCUCUUGCAUAAUAAUACACUAAUCACAUCGUCGGAUUCCUCCGAUCAUGAAGAGCCUGAGUCUCCAAAGGACUUGCCAAUCGAUAAGGGGUUGCAGCAGUUGAGAAAGAAAAAUGUCGACUGGUCAUCAGCACCUGGCACUGUCGAGUUCUCGGACAGUCGUUGCAUUAAUAUGUCUACCGAGGCACAUCAAAAAUCACUUCCAAGCUUCUACAUCGAACGGUUGCUCGGUUUCGGUGGAUCGGUAGAACUUCCUGCGUCCAACGAUACGGGUUUGGUGGAAGAGGAUCCGCUGGUGGAAACAUUGUUUUCCAACGUGUCCAAGCUGAGUGGGUGCAAAAAACGCACUACCUCAAACGAUGGAACACCGGCAAGUCUCUGUUCGACACCACCGUCUGGUAGUGCUAUCUCCAUUACCAGCGAACGGGAAUGGUGUGGUGCGUCCUCUUCCCUAGUGUCCCCACUGCCGGAGGUUCGCCUGGAUGAUGUUCCAUCACCGUCGUACAAUCGGCCGUGUCCCAUCGCUUCAAUCGUUUACAAUCAAACAACGACGUCACAGCCACAAUCAAUGCCACCGGGAGGAACGCGCAAGGUAAACGCCGUGUACAUAGCGUGGCCGGAAGGUAGAACGCUGGAAGUGAACCUGAACCGCUUACAGCGGAAGAUGCUGUCGUCCGCCCACGGUGUCACGCAGGAUCUCGUGGCAGCGUACGGAAAAUGGCCACCGGAAUCGGGGGCGACCCCGUCGGCGGCCCAUUUGCUGCAAGACCGUCCGACGCAUAAAGCGAACCUCGCCAAGCUCAACAUGAAUGCCAGCGAUCCGUACUUUCAUUUGCAAGCCUCAUCUAUGGUGAAACGAUACCGGAAGCAGAACCGAGAACGGAAACCACGACAGGCGUACAGUGCAAUGCAGCUCGAACGUCUCGAGGACGAGUUCCAGCGCAACAUCUAUCUGAACGUGAACAAACGCUUCGAAUUGGCACAAUGUCUCGGACUAACGGAAACCCAGAUCAAAACCUGGUUCCAAAACCGACGUACAAAGUUUAAAAAGCAGCAAGACUCGCGCAACAAGCGUGAACAACGUCAGCAGGCGCAACUUAUCGCCCAGUGGCUGUUUCAGCCACAGCAGAUGGGUAGCAUCCCGUUGGAUGGUCAGUUUCAAGCGAUGUCCCGUCUACCCUGCACCCUUCCUGCCCAUCGGUCAUCACUGGCGUUUGCACAAAGCGCACUGCACUCUACACUAAUGACGGCACCCUACCACAAUCUACUACCACCACCAGCAACCUUGACGACUCAGCAGCAGCAACGUGCCUUGGAGAAAGGACCUCGCAUUACCACCCACCCGAUGUACACGGGAUCGAAUGUAUUUCCCUCCUCGGUACCCUUUACAAUGUGCAGCGUGGUACCGUUAGCGCCGUCCGGCAAGGAGGAACCAACUGAAAUGUCGGCUAAAUGUACACCAGAAAAACGAUAAGAACUACAAGGCGAUCGAUGGCGUCUGUUUUGCCCAAGCCCGCAGCAUGGGCAGCAAUUAAGAAUUUUGAGCUUAAAAGCAUUUUAAGAGUAGCAGAGAGAACGUUGAUUGUGUUUACAGCAAGAAGGGUAUUGCAAUUUGAAAAAUAAAUGUCAUAAAACAGAAGUAAGGAAAUAAAGGUAACCUGUCCAGUUUUAAGUUCCAGUAU